UUGUGUCAAAAGACAUCAAAGGCCUAUGUGUGACUUCAGUGUGAGGAGGAGGGGGCGUGGCCCACACUCCUCCCCUCUGCCUUAAAUAGAAGGAGUUGAGGGAGCAGCGAGUAAAAGUGAGGUGGAUUAGCUGAGGGACAUGACUUCUCUUGCAGAUGUAAAGUCUUCCCCAGACAUGGACAGUGUCUCCAGCCAAGACUCCCUCUACCUGCCCAACUCUAUUGGUGCCUCCCUGGAAGACCAAAAUCUCUGGACCCAGUUCCACCAGGAGGGGACAGAGAUGAUCAUCACUAAGUCUGGAAGGAGGAUGUUUCCUCAGUGUAAGAUCCGGCUCUUUGGUCUUCAUCCUUAUACCAAGUACAUGCUGCUGGUGGACUUUGUUCCUCUGGACAACUUCAGGUAUAAGUGGAAUAAGAACCAGUGGGAAGCAGCAGGCAAAGCAGAACCUCACCCACCCUGCAGGACGUAUGUCCACCCAGACUCGCCUGCCUCUGGUGCCCACUGGAUGAAGGAUCCAAUCUGCUUCCAGAAGCUCAAACUCACCAAUAACACACUGGAUCAACAAGGCCAUAUUAUCUUGCAUUCAAUGCAUCGCUACAAGCCCAGGUUCCAUGUUGUUCAGUCUGAUGACAUGUACAAUUCUCCAUGGGGAUUGGUGCAGGUGUUUAGCUUCCCAGAGACUGAGUUCACUGCAGUAACUGCCUACCAGAAUGAAAAGAUUACUAAACUAAAAAUUAAUCACAACCCAUUUGCUAAAGGAUUCCGGGAGCAAGAAAGGAGUCACAAGAGGGAUGAUGUCUUAAAGACUCUACAACAAAGUCCCAGUAAGAGCCAGAAGAGGAAGAAGUGGGAGGACAGUCCCGAGGCUGAUAUUUCAGAUUUCCCCAAGGCUACACGCAUUAAGGAGGAAUCCAUUAUGGAUCCAGCAGGAGUUUACCAGAACUGGGUUUCAGAUCAUGAGGCUAACCAAGGCUUGACACCCCACUCCCCUGAGUCUGAGGGUGUCAAUCAGGAGCAGCAGGUCCCCACAUCUUCCUCGAACUUCUAUAUCAAGAGCCAAUAUCGAAGGAGUUCCCAACAUCUUUCCUCACCAUAUGAUUUGGGAGAGCCCUCUAGCAGACGUCUUACCCCUGAUGUUGCUACAGUGCCGGAUUCUGAUCCAGAUUCUUUAGCAGUGCUUCAUGUCAUUCCAACACAGAAUUCUGCUCAGGAACGCACAUGUUCUAUGAACUUUUCCAUGGAAACCCCAAUGAAACAGCCCCUCCGGGGUGCCAUAUACAGCCCUUAUGGAACAGAGCAGUGGAUGGUUCCAGCUCAAGGUCCAUAUCAGCCUGUCAGCUAUACUGCAUACCCAACAGACUUAAGUGCACAAGGAGCAGUAGCUCACCCACAUAGUGGGAUGUCGGACUGGAGCCAAUAUUCUCUCUUCCCCUACAGCUGCUGGUAAAAGGAAAUGCGUAUCCACAGUCCUACCCUUCCAUUCUAAUACAUCAGUCCUGAUUGCUUGUUGGAGGGAGGUAUAUGGUAUUGCAUCUCUGAGGCUUCAGGACCUCAUUAAAAACCGUGCGUUGGGAAGAUUGCAUGAUGCAGUUUGGUUACAGUGUUUGUUGGACUAAAAGGUGUCGCAUUAUAAGCACAAACAGUAGGGUGCCUCCUGUGCGUGUGAUCAGGGGAAUCUCGACCUGUAAUUUAACUAAAUGUAUUUAUUUUAAAGAUUAGCAAGUAAAUGUGAGAAUCAGAGGGGUGUGCAUUAAAGCAGAUCUCCAGAAGAGAACCCAGGAAAGAAGCUAUGGAUUUCUAGAACACAAGCAGUUUUCUCUUGACAGUAGAGGUACAGCCCUGUAACUCUCCAUUCACUUAAUGUCCCCAGUUAUUGCCUUUCACUAAAUCCUAAAAUGGUCUUUUUUUUUUUUUUUUUUUUUCUUAACUACAUAAUUGUGAUUGCAGUUUUGCACCUUACAUUUUCCAGGGUGGUGGUUUGCAGCACUAAUCUGUGAAAGAGUGUACAGCAGGUGUUUGUGCUUUUCUGCACUACUCGGGAAAUGUGUGUGUGUAUUUGGGGGAAUGUGUGUUCACUAAAGAUUGUACUGCUUACUAUGAAACUAAUGCUGUGCCAUAUUCACAGGGAUAGGCAAAAUUUGGUAUUCCUUCUAAGGCAAAGCUACAGCUUCCGGUAUUGCCCCUAGUGGAGAAGCAAUACUUCUGCUACAGCAGGAGCACCAAAGACGGCCUAACUCUGCUUAUUCACAUUAGCAUAACCUCUGGCAAUAAUUGGGAUAAUUGACACCAAAAUUGUGAGAGACGUGAUUAAUUUUAAUCCUCGCAUUCUAUGAUAUGUUAAAUAACUUAGGAUGGUUUCCUCUCUGUUCUACUGAUUCAGUUGCAAUUCGGUAGUUAAAUGGUUCAUGUAAUUGCUUGUAAAGCUGGGUUUUGUGGGAGGGGGUACAGGCAGAAUAGUAUGUAUUCUGUUUAGAACACAUCUGUAAAUAGAUUUUAUUUAAGAAUUUUCCCUUUUUGACUGAAAUGUGUUUUAAUGUGACUUUUAUUUAAUGGAAUGAACUGAGGAAACCUUAAUGAAGAAUCAUUUGUUUUGUCUCCAUCUGGAUAUACACAGUCAAUAAAUGUCUUCUUUAUUCCAAA